AUGGACGCCAUUCCAGAAUCAUUAUCAUCCGCCGUUACAUACACCAACAAUAUAAUCACAAACGAUAAUACUAUAGCUAUUAAUAAUACCUCUAACAAAACCAUGAACAAUAGUCAGAGUUUACCAGUUGAUAGAAAGCGGAGAGAUAACAUUAACGAAAGAAUCCAAGAAUUACUAACACUUAUACCAAGUGAAUAUUUUCAAGAAUAUUACGCUACUAGUAACAACAAUAGUAGUAACUCCGCCACUCCAGGUGCUAUCAGUGGGGCAAAUAGUGGUGGAGGAACAGGAAGUAGCAAUAGCGAAGAUUCUGCAGUUGGCACACCUAUAAGUAGCUUUGGGACCCCGAAACCUAAAGGUACAGGCACAAGAGAUGGAAGACCAAACAAAGGACAAAUAUUGACCCAAGCAGUGGAAUAUAUCAAUAAGUUGCAAAAUCAAGUUGAUGCUAAGAAUAGGGAAGAAGUUGAAUGCAUACUGAAGUUAUCCAAACUGGCUAAAGUUGCAGGUGUUAAAGUAACUGAUAUUAAUUUGGAAAAUACAAGUGCUGAAAUAGAAUUAGGACGUAUCGGUGUUGGACCUUUGGGUGGUUCAACAACUUCAUGA